ACUUUGAAGUUCUCCUGGAAACCAAUGACGUCGCAGCCGUAUUGAAUUCCUAUUGGUCCAGACCGGCCUCUCCCUCUCCCUCCGUCUCUUGUUCGCAGGUUUCCUGGUCAGUGCGUCUGAUGCUCGAGUCGGAGUCACGUCUCUGUGGAUAAUCUCAUCGAGCUGUUCUUCUGAAUACAUCGAUAUGAAGGCGCUAACGGGGCUGCUGCUGUUGGUCUUUGGUCACGGUGUGUCCUCAGAGUUUGUUGCUGUUGGGAUGGUGGAUGGAGUUCAGAUUGGAUACUAUGACAGCAACAUCCAGGGAAUAGUCCUCAAACAGGACUGGAUGGAGCAGUACACCAGAGAUGACCCCGACUACCUGGAGAGGCUAACUGGAAGAGCUCAGGGUGACCAGCAGUGGUUCAAAGUCAACAUUGGGAUUCUGAAGAAGAUCUUUUACCAGAUAGGAGGUAUCCACAUAUAUCAGUUGAUGUAUGGUUGUGAGUGGGAUGAUGAGGAUGAUUCUACUGAUGGUUAUCUCCAGUUUGGUUAUGAUGGAGAGGACGUCAUAUCGUUGGACCUGAAGACCCUGACCUGGGUCGCUCCAGUACCUCAGGCUGUCAGCAUCAAACGGAGAUGGAAUGAGGAUAAAGCUCGAUUACAAUUCAAUAAGUACUUCCUCACCAAGCAGUGUGUUGAUUGGCUGAAGAUGGGCCUGGUCUAUGGGAAGAGCACUCUGCAGAGAACAGAGCGUCCGCGGGUGUCUCUGCUACAGAGGAGCCCCUCCUCCCCAGUGGUGUGCCAUGCUACAGGCUUCUACCCUGACAGGGUGGUGGUGUUCUGGAGGAGAGACGGCCAGGAGCUCCAUGAGCAGGUGGACCCCGGGGAGGUCCUCCCCAACCACGACGGGACCUUCCAGGUCAGCGUGGACCUCAACCUCAAGGCCGUCCCACAGGAGGACUGGGGGAGGUACGAGUGUGUGGUCCAGCUGAAAGGCACCGAGGACAUCUCCACCCCCCUGGACCCCGCCCUCAUCAGGACCAACUCGGAGGAUCAGAGUGGCAUCACCAUCCCCAUCAUCAUUGGGUUCCUUGUUCCCCUCCUCGCUGCUGCUUCUGCUGUUGUUGGAGUCUUUGUGUACCAGAAGAGGAACGGUUCUGACACCAGCUCUGAGAACACUGAGGGGCAGAAUCCGGCUCCUGAGGCCCAACCUCUGACCACAGUUCAAAGUUAAAUCAUGAAGAGGCUUCCUUAACCAGGAUGGAGUGGAUCGCAGUUCACUUAUAAUCCUUACCAACAGGCUUGGGACUUCAGCUAACUAAAGAUGCUAUAUUUGCUAAAUUAAAUAACAUUCAUACUUAAAUUUAUUUUGAUAUCAACCAUUAACCUGUAAGAAUUGUAAAUCAAUAGAUCGCUGUAUUUGUAGGGCGCACUCACACUAGCCCUAAAUCAACGUGCCCAAGUCCGCUUCACACCUGUACCGUGCUCAAGUCUAGAUCGUUUGGCUAGUGUGAGCAUGCCGACCGUACUCAAGUACAGUUCAAAUCCGUGACCCGAGCACACUUCGGAGAGGUGUGCUCGGGUCACGGUACAGAUGCUAAUUGGCCGACAUGCGCACACGCACGGCUACGCAACCAGAGCUGGAUGACGUUUUACUCCAUUGCCGUGUUCCAAUACCCGUACUUCCAUGAGUAUACUUAAAGGAAGUACACUACCUGCACUAUCCGUACUCACUUGAGUACGCUCAUUUUUUAGAUGUGAGUGCUGUUCCAAAUCGAGUACUCUGUGGUGCACUUACCGGAAAUGACGAUCACGACUGCCGCCAUGGCUCCUCCCCCGCAAUAAACAUCCCGCUUUGAACGGUGAACUCUUUACGCCUAGCAGCUAUAAAAAGCUAUAAAAACUACAAAAUGACUCUAUUAAUGCAGGCUAUAAAUGCGCCGACUUUGGCUCAGCCUGGCUCCGCCUCUUCCGCUACGUAGCUAAGAUAGCUGUCGUUGAGUACGGGGAGUGUCCUUCGAUCCACACUUCACGAUUAGCCCGUUUUGAGUACGGCAUCCGGGUCCUUGAAGUAUACUUCUUUUCGCCGGAUCUGAAUUGGAACGUACUGUGUACUCAAAUUUUGGCUAGUAAGUGCGGACAGUACAGGGUAUUGGAACACGGCACAUGUGACCCUUCUUUCCCAUUGAACAAUAAACAUGACGGCAAGCG